GUCAGAGAAGCCCAACUGGGAUUACCACGCAGAGAUACAAGCUUUCAGCCACCGGUUACGUGAAGAUUUUUCUUUGGAUCUUCUCAAGACUGCGUUUGUGAAUUCUUGUUACAUUGAAAGCGAAGAGGCAAGGCGCCGAGAGCUUGGGGUGGACAAAGAAGCGGUUGCCCUCAGCCUGCAAGAUAACAGUCACCUCGCCGAGCAGGGGAUGGCCUUUUCGCGAUCCUACCUGACCCAGUGCUUCGAAGGUGCCUACCCGGGUCUGCCCGCAAAGGGCGUCGCGGCACUGGUUGGUUUUCUUACCGGCCAGGAACUUGUUGCUUAUGUGGCUCAAAACCUGUCUGUACAGGACCUGACGCUUUGCAGAGAGUUUCCCGUCCCACCAGGUGUGCUGCAGAGGACGUUCUUCGCUGUGAUAGGAGCCUUGCUCGAGAGCAGCGGGCCCGAGAAAACAGGGAUCUUUGUCAGGGAUUUUUUUAUUCCCCAACUGAUUGGAAAAGACCUGUUUGAGAUCUGGGAAGUUGUAAAUCCUAUGGGCUUACUAGUGGAAGAACUGACCAAGAGGAAUAUCUCUGCUCCUGAACCGAGAAUUACCAGGCAGCUGGGAGUCAGCACGGUUCUGCCACUGUACUUUGUUGGGUUGUACUGUGAUAAGAAGAUUAUAGCUGAAGGUCCUGGUGAAACGCUGCUUGCUGCAGAGGAAGAAGCUGCCCGCGUGGCGCUGCGGAAGCUCUAUGGGUAUACAGAGAGCAGGAGACCUUGGGAUUACUCAAAACCCAAACAAGCACUGGCAGCUGAAAAGGCUAUUGGCAGUAACUAGAUAAUAAAAGACAUUUCUGGAUUCUCUUGAGAAUUAAUGGCUUCCAUGUUGUAUUUAGGAAAGCGAAAUUCAGUUUUGUUUUCUGAUCUUAAGUGCUUGAAAUUUUAGAAUCAAAUACGGUAUUAAAAUA